AUGGUUCUAGACGACGACCAAGUUGCCUUCUUUAAGGAAAACGGAUAUCUUAUCGUUCGUGAUUUCCUAUCUUCCGAACAAGUCGCAGAUAUACAACGCUGGGCCCAGGAGGUUCAUGACUGGGUGCCAACGGACACAUCCGAGUUCAUGCCCUAUGAGGAGGUCAACGACAAAGGCCAUACUGUUCUCUGCCGGACGGAAAAUUUCGCGGACUGCCACCAAGGAUUCAAAGAAUUGCUUCGAGGUUCUACGCUGCAGGAUCUCUUGCAAUGCCUUUCUGGAGAGCCCAUGCAAUUGUUCAAAGAGAAAAUCAACUACAAGCUAUCAGGAAGUGGUGGCUUUGCGCCUCACAUCGAUGCCGUUGCCUACACUCACAUCAAGCGUGUCAAGCAUCUGACAAUUCUUUUGAGUGUGGACCCAUCAAACCUUCGGAAUGGUGGCCUGGAGGUCGUUGAUGGAAGUCAUAAAAUGGACGUCCCCAUCGACCCUGCCACAAACUGCAUCGAGUCAACCUGGGUGGAUUCCCACACGUGGACGCCGGUUGAGCUCGAAGCCGGCCAGCUUCUCGUUUUCACUUCCUAUGUAGCCCACCGCAGCGGCGCCAACAAAAGCACUUCCGACAGAAAGGCCAUCUACGCCACCUACAACCAAUCAUCCGAGGGUGAUCUGCGCAAGGGAUACUACGAACAUAGAGGAAAGGAGUGGCCGGCGACACAUAUGCGCAAAGAGGGAGAAUCGUAUGCGACGGGCGCACUGACCUACGGUUUUGGUUCACCAAUGCUCAGUGUUGGCGAAGGGAAGCAGGUCACGUUUUAG